AUGGACCUGGAUAAUAAUGCUUUUCCUAGGCCGCAAUGGCACGCAUUGCUAUCAUUACUUGACGCCACAGUUCCGCCUAUUCUGGUAUCAGACUCUUCAUCCACUCAUGAUGACUACCUUCAAAUCUCUCAAGAAGAGUUCGAAAGGCACUAUCAUGAUAUCCGGCGGAGAUUGAAGCACCCGCCAAGUAAGACGGCGUUCCAGGAGUACCUGGCAACGCGGCCCUCCGAGAAUCCGACGUUCGUUAAGUGCAUCAGAAAAAACAUCGGUGCACUUCCCCCAGGCCUAAGGGUGCAGCUUUACCGUGCUUUGGGUCUCAUGAUGACUCGACUUGGAAGCUUGAUUAGUACGGGCUACUUCACCCCUUUCGACCGCCAAUCAGUUGCCGUGCGGGAAGCGAUUCUACGCUCGUGGCGAAGUUCCUGGUUCUCCAUCUGGCCUAUGUUUGGGAGGACAUUUGUCCAACUGGGAACCAUAACUUGGAGUCAAACGGAUCCUUUAUUCCACGGAUUGAGUGACUUCGUGGCCGAUCCGCAUUCAGAAUCCGGUCCUACUGUCGACUUCAACUUCAUGAAUUUUGAUGCUACCCCUGAGCCUAUACAUAUAGAAACCGAUAUUGUGAUUGUCGGUUCGGGAUGUGGGGGUGGGGUGUGCGCGAAAGUCCUAGCUGAAGCUGGACAUAAGGUUCUUGUAGUCGACAAAGGGUAUUAUAUGCCUCCAAGCCAGCUUCCCAUUGGAGUUGAUUCCACGGAAUUAUUAUUUGAAGGGGAAAGCGGCGGCCUAUCGACCGUAGAUGGCUCGUUUGUAGUCGCGGCAGGGAGCUGCUGGGGAGGCGGCGGCACCGUGAAUUGGGCCGUGAGUCUGCCGCCACCGGACUGGUUGCGCAAAGAGUGGGCGGAAGAGAAGGGCUUGAAAUUCUUCUCUACGUCGGACUUCCAGAAUUCCAUUGACCGCGUCUGCGACUUCGUUGGCAUGGACGAGACUUGGGCGACACAGCAUACCCAUGCUAAUAGAGUCCUGAUUGAAGGCUCUAAAAAGCUUGGAUGGAGUGCCAAAGCUUCCUUAACAAACACGGCCCCAGGGCAUAAUUGUGGGAGUAGGUGCGGAGGGGGAUGUAGACAAUCAAAGAAACAAGGUCCAGCUGUGAGUUGGUUACCGGCAGCGGUAAAAGCUGGUGCUCGGUGUAUUGAAGGAUUCGACGUGUCUAAAGUGCUCUUUGAAGAAAACGGCGGAUCAAAAAACGCUGUUGGAAUUGUAGGUACAUGGACUUCGAGGGACAAAAACGGCAACUUCAAUAAUGUACCCAAGUCCGAGGUUCGUCAGCGACAGGUUCAUGUCAGAGCAAAGAAGGUGAUCAUAGCGAGCGGUACACUAAACACUCCAUUGAUAUUGCUAAGAAGCAACUUGAAGAACCCUAAUAUAGGUAAAAACCUGCAUCUUCACCCCACCAACAGUAUAAGCGCCGUGUUUGAUGAAGAGAUCCGCGGAUGGGAAGGUGAGAUUAUAAGCUCCGUCGUGACGGAAUUCGAAGAUCUAGACGGGAAAGGCCACGGGCCUAGAAUUGAAACGACCUCUAUGCUCCCUCAUACGGCUGUCUUCCAAAUCCCAUGGCACGGUGGGUUGCAAUUCAAGUUGGAUGCGCUCAAGUACCGACAGAUGAAUUGCUUCAUGGCCCUCAUCAGGGAUCGGGAUAGUGGCAGAGUCACUCCGAAUCCAGACGACGGAAGCCCUAUCAUAGCCUACACAACAUCAUCGUUCGAUCGUGCGAGUCUGAUGGUGGGACUGGUAGCCAUCGCGAAAAUAUGUUACAUGCAAGGCGCCAUAGAGCUGCUGCCAAUGGUGCCUGGUUUGCCCUGCUACCGAAGCGACUUGCCUGUCCACGAACGGACGCUUGACGAUGCAGACUUCGCAAAGUGGUUAACUCGCCUCCAAGCGGCAGACCUGAACUCUUCGUCUGGCACUUUCGGCUCAGCUCACCAAAUGGGGAGUUGCCGCAUGAGCACGAGCCCCGCUACUGGCGUCGUAAAUGAAGACGGCAAAGUGUGGGAUACUGAAAACUUAUAUGUUGCAGACGCGAGCGUGUUCCCUUCGGGCUCUGGUGUGAAUCCUAUGAUUACUAUUAUGGCUAUUGCGGACCAUAUUGCUAGGGGUAUUUCGAAACAGAUGUGA